GUUUUACCAUGGCCACCGUCCAGCGCACAGCUGCAGAAGAUUCUAAGAUGGCGCUCGACGUCGACGCUUAUGAAUAUGCACCGAGUGACCUGAGGCUGGAGCAGCUGCACGUCUACGUACGGCACGGCGAGCGCACUCCCGUACAUCCCCGACUAGCAGAAUACAUCCCACCGUUAUGGCCACUCUGUCGCACGUCUUUUCUUACCUACGCCAACAUCCUCCAGCGCAGGCCCGAUCCCCGUGCAGAGGUCCUCUCACCACUUGGGAAGGACUGGCAUGGCGUAGGGCUCGUCAAGAUGGAGCGGGUCGCAGAGGUUCCAAGAGGGCGGGAUGAAGCUGGUCAUGAAUUUGAUGGGAUGGAGCAUGCCUGCGGGUUCGGCCAGCUCACAGACAAGGGCGUCGUCUCUACAAGCCUGUUUGGGUCAUCGCUACGAGCCCUCUACGUCGACAAACUUGGCUUUCUCCCCCCUUUCUACCUUCCCGAGUCCGCCUACUUCCGCAGCACCGACAUGCCCCGGACUAUCGCCACCUUACAACACAUCAUCUCCCACCUCUAUCCGCCGUGGCAACAUCCGGCAGGAGAGCUGGCCGCACCGAGUCCGAGGAUACUGGUCAGGUUCCAGGCAGACGAGGAUCUGAUGCAAAAUAUGACGUGUGAACGGUUUAGAUUGUUCCGCGAGGUGUGGGCGAAAGCGGUGGAGCCCCAUAUAGAUGAGCAGCUCAAGGUGCUCGAUGAGAAGCUGUCAAAAUAUAUCGAUGGUCGGCCUGUGAGACUCAAUGGCCAUCCCAAGCUCUCGGGCCUCUUGGAUACGGUUAAAUCCGCACACGCCCACGGGAUUCCCGUCCCACCCGAAUUCCGAGAACCGGAAGUGAUGCGACUGAUGGAAAGUGCGGUGGUAGCAGAAUGGUUUGGCGGGUACCGACACCCGGAGAUCCGCACACUCGGAAGCGGGCGUGUCUUCUCCGAUCUCCAGAAGGUGAUGUCCACCAAGAUCGCUUCGCCUUCGGAUCCGAUCAAGCUCCGUAUCCUUUCCACACACGACACUACACUUGCCACAAUGCUUAUCAGCAUGGGUGUGUUCGAUGGCAAAUGGCCGGACUUUACGAGCAGCAUCAUCUUUGAGCUAUUCAGGCGGGACGAGGGCCGAAGGCUGUUCAGCAGCGCUAAACCUCAGUACUACGUCCGGGCGCGAUAUCAGAACCGCUCUCUGUCCCUGCCCGCAUGCGCCCCUGUGGGUGCACAUUACCCCAACCGGCCUGAGCUAUGCACAUUCCAAGCCUUCUCCUCCCUCGUAGCGACCAUGACUCCCAAGAACUGGAGACAGCAGUGUCUCCUCCCUCUAGGUGAGGAAGACUAUAAUGUGCUUGAGGGGAGAGGGGUGGGUGGGCAGAUCAUGUUUGAGGUGACGGAGGAUAGGAAGACGGGGAUGGGGAUGCCGGAGAGGGACGGAAGGUAACACGGCACGACAGAGCCAUAAUACUGUAGACAUAGAUCUAGACGGCAGGUAUGGAUGGGUAUGGUAUAGGCGGCGCUUGCCCAACUGGAGGCUAUGCAGGAAGUUGGGAUGGCGGCUGGUUCUUCUCUAGUUGACGCUUGGCACUUGAGAGGAGGACGUUGACGACCAGGUGGUGGAUCUCGUCACAUUUUGUUAGGCAGGCAUCUACCAUCUAGUAGGGGGGGAGUCAGAUAUGUGCAACAGGAGUGAUAGAAGGGGAGUGUAACAAGGUGAGUGAUGGUGGACUGCAAUGUGGACUGAAAAUUGGAGGGAAAGGGACAGGGAAGGACA